UCAUUUAAUCUUCGAAGAAAUUUCACAUUGAAAAGGAGAAAAGACAUUAAAACCCAACCACAAACUAUUCCUUGGGGAAGGGGAGGGGGAGGUAGGGCCUAGAGGCAGCCAAAGCAUGCAUAUCCGAUUUUCUCACUCUCAGGCUUUUAGUUUUUUGCUACCACAUGUUUUUUGAAAAAUCUCUGUCAGAGCAAUAAUGUGAGCUAGAAAAAGGGACCAGAAGACAAGGAAAUAAGAGGGAAUCCACACUCAAACUCAAGCUAUUGUUCAUUGUGUGAGUGAGAGAGAGAGAGGGCAACAUGAGUAGUCAGUGUAUAGUACCAAAUUGGAAUCUAAGGCACCAAAGACAAGAGCAAGUUGAAGGAGAAGAGGGUAACAGAUCCUCUCACGUGCACACCCAUCAGAAGAACUCCAGUCAUAUUGUCCCCAUGUCAAAUUAUGAAGUUGCUGAACUGACAUGGGAAAAUGGCCAGCUAGCCAUGCAUGGACUUGGUGGGCUCCUUCCCACUGCUCCAACAAAACCCACAUGGGGUAGGGCCGGAGACACGCUAGAGUCGAUAGUGCACCAAGCCACGUGCCACAACCAAAACUCAAACUUCAUCCACCAUGCCCAGAACCUGGCCAAUAUGAAGUCUACAGUCGGGUCCUCCGCCCAUGUACAGACCGGAAAUCAAGGGUUGAUGAAGAAGAGGACUCGUUCGGAUUCCGCUCAUUGUGGAAGAAAUUUUAGUACUAAUGUUCAUGAAGCUGAGCGUGCAGACCGCAGUGCAUGUGCUAGUGCUAGUGCCACAUUUUGCAGGGACAAUGAAACAACCAUGAUGACAUGGCCCUCCUCUGAAUCUCCUCGCAGCUUGAAGGCCAAAACUACAGAUGAAGACUCGGCUUGUCAUGGUGGAUCGGAAAACCAGGAUGAAGAUAGGGAGACUAAAACUCAGACAGGCCGCUCUCACUCAACAAGAAGAAGCCGAGCUGCUGCUAUUCAUAAUCAGUCGGAGCGGAGACGUCGAGAUAGGAUUAAUCAGAAGAUGAAAACUCUGCAGAAGCUAGUACCCAACUCAAGCAAGACUGAUAAGGCAUCAAUGCUUGAUGAGGUGAUUGAGUACUUGAAACAACUUCAAGCACAGGUUCAGAUGAUGAGUGUAAGAAAUAUGCCUCAAAUGAUGAUGCCUAUGGGAAUGCAGCAACAACUUCAAAUGUCUCUCCUAGCGCGUAUGGGCAUGGGCGUUGGCCUUGGCAUGGGCAUGGGAAUGCUUGAUAUGAGUGCCGUCCCUCGUGCUGCACCUCAAACACUCCCUUCUCUCCUCCAUGCCAACCCAGUUGUUGCUGCCACUCCAACAUUUGUCCCUCCUCCCUUUGUAGUGCCACCCAUGAUGCCAUCCUCAUCACAACCAAAGUCUGAUGCGGGCGCCAACGCAGCAGUCCCUUUGCAGGAUCCAUACUGCGCUUUUCUAGCACAAUCGAUGAAUAUGGACCUCUACCACAAGAUGGCAGCACUAUAUCGGCAACAUGUCAAUCACAAGGCACAACCAACAAGCAGUCCACCACACUCAAACCAUGACCUAGGGGAUUGAGACUCUGAGAGGACCCUGUUUUGUGCAGAAAGCAGACCUAGAAAAAUGAAGAAUUCUUAAAGAUCAAGUAUGAUAGUCUAGCCUUAUCGAUAACUCUUUAACAGUAUUUGGGGUUUAUGAAUUGUGAAACAUUGAUGAUCUUGUAUAAUAAGAGCUUGUAUUGAGUCUUA